AUGAUCCCGGCCAACUUUAUCUUGACAACAGCCAAGCCGCCGUACACACGUCGGGAACUCGCGUCGCUUGUAAUUAUCUCUCUCCGGCAGUUGCUCGUAGCUGCCGGUGACAAAAGAUCUGCUGCUGCUGGUAUAAAUUGUUUAUCUAUGCAAGUUCAGCACAACUUCAUCCCUUCGCAAGAAAUUCUCGACCACUUCUUUCAACAACUUAUUACCAAAGACAACGCUGUCACCAAAGAGAAUUUUAUCACCAAUGCGAAAGCUGUCGGUGUCACUACUAAGGACAAGAAUACUGUCUCUAAUGAAGAGAUCUGUGGUCGCCGCUGCCAGGUCCAGCCUUCCACCACCAAGCACACAACCACCGAAAAAUCCUACCGUCGCCGCUCCGAUUCGGCCACCAGGAGCCGCUCCAUCUCCCCUGCACUGCCGCCCAAGACAGCCGAGGUCACCGCCAGCAAGAAGAACGGUGCUCCUUGCAAAGAGCCAGAGAGAAUCAUCAAGAACAUUCUCUAG